AUGGAUGCCUCGGCCCCCAAAGCGAUCCUCACAUCCGAUAAUUUCUCCCAUGCACAAGAGAUCUCACGCGCCACCUCGCCAGGUGGUGAACCCGUUGUGAUGAAUGGCGACGGCGAGCCGAAAGCUCGAGUUCGUCCACGGACCUACCCAUACUUCAAGUACCUCCCCUAUCAGCUCGAAGAUGAGACCGAACGAGAUCGGACCCUGCGCGAAAUCUUGAAUCAGUUAUACAUCUCGGUGGAGGCGGGCGACUUCAGUCCCGGGGCUGUACACUGGACACGCGAGCUGCGAGGAUGGCUGUCUCUGAAGUUCGAUCCAAACCGAAAGGAGCGGAUCAAUCUAGUGAAGCUCUACUUUGAGCUUUCGCUAGCUCCGGGUAUCGAUCCUGGUGUCUCGGAGCGGUUCGCCAGCAUGUUCAUGCUCCUCACCAAGCGCAAGCACUAUCUCCGACCUGUGAAAGAUCUCGUUCUCGACUGGCGACCACUCUACAAGGAGCUCAAGGCCUUUGUACUCCCAACAGAGUCUGGCCUGGUCCAUUCGACCAAUCUGAAGCGAAACGUCAAGACACUGACGAAAAUGUGCGCCUUUUCUCAGCUAUUCUUCGACCCCUGCGAACUGCCUGCGAUGCUCGAAGAAUUCCUCCCUCACUAUACAACCUCAUUUUCCGAAGGCGCCUUCGUGGUAGCAGGAUUGAUCAACCUCUUGCUCCCGACAUCACCCCCACCCGCUGAAAGAGAAGACCUCCUACCUCAAACCCAUCUCCCAACCCAAUUCCAUCUAUGGUCGCUAGUAGGUCGCUCCAAGACGUUCGAUACCACAUACUUGGACUACUUGUCCAGACUGGCUCGCGACUCGCUGCCCGCGGGACACCUUCCAUUUUCCGAGCAUGGUAUCUUCUCAAAGGAGCAAUCGUCUCUUAUUUUCACCGCGAUUUUGCGGUUGUUGGAGAUCCCAGUGGGACAAUCGACGUCGCCAUACAGCGCGUUGGUGGACAUUUCAUCUGGACUGGGCAUCAUGCUUGAUCGCGAUACGCGCAAGCACCCCGUGGCUCAUCAUAUUGCCCGCUGGAUAGUGAUGUCACUCUCUCCUGCCUGUCUGGAAUCCGAGGACUCAAUCCUCAGCCAGUUGGAGGGUCUGAUUCAGGCAGUGGAAACAUUUUUCCAUCCCUCUAAUUCUGGUAGCUGGACCAAGACUCUAUCGCAGUUAGUUUACUAUUUGACCGAUUUCUUCGUGAUGCGUUGGAACCGUGAGCAAAGCGGAGAGAUGGAGAUCCCAGCCGAGCGACGACUCAAUGAGCCCUUGAAGCGACGCUUCGUUUUGUGUCUGAGGGACGUAAUCUUUAUGGGUAUCUACGCUAAAAGCAGCACUGCAAUGACUUUCUCCUUGUCUACACUGCAAGGUCUGGCUUACCUCGAGCCGCAUCUUAUCCUUCCCGGCGCAUUGCAGAGAAUAUAUCCUUCUCUGCAAGGUCUGGUUGAAGUCCAUCGGACGACCUCUUCUCUUCGUGCCAUGCAAGUACUUUCCCGUGUCAUCACCCGGACAAGGGGCUAUCGCUGCCAUAUGACCACGCUCCUCGGUCUUGCUUUGCCCGGCAUUGAUGCCAAUGAUCUUGAUAAAUCUCUGCAUGCACUAUCGUUCAUUCAGUCGGCAUGCUACAAUAUUCCCAUGGUUGAUAUGACCCAGGGAAGAGAGGAUAUCAAUUGCAAUAUGCUUGCACUGCAAUGGAUCACUGGAGAGAUGGAACGUAUGGAGGAGCAAGGAGUCGAUUUGCAAUUGAAUUACGAUACAGAGCUAGAUGAUGAAACCGAGGAGAUGAUUCUGCGGUCAUCAACCUGUGGCUUUGGCGAUUUCACAAUUUCGUUCUUGGGCCGUGUUUUCACUCUUCUAGAGAACUUGCCAGAUGUCACCAGGGUGCGCAACGGAUCUCCCGAGGAGAACAUUGUGAACACACUCCCCGCCACAUUUAUGCCUCUGUUGGCUUCACUAUCCCCCGAGUACUACGAUAUUGCACUCUCCAAGAUUGUGGAUUUCGUCUCUAACCACGUCAUCCACCAAGCGCGAGAUGCAAUGGCGUUCAUUUGCAAUGCCUUGUGCAAGGUCAACCCCGAGAAGGCUCUCAAGCGCUUCAUCCCGGUUCUGACACAAGCCAUCCGCACGGAGAUUGAGGAAAACGGAGCAGGUUCUACCAGAACAACCGGCACAGAUGUACUUCCUCGUGACCGUGGCUUGGUUUGGAACGUUAGUAUGCUGAGUAUGUGCGUGGUCCACGUCGGCGAUGCUGUCCUUGCUCAUCGACAACAGCUGUUUGACAUUGCAGUCUACAUGCAGCAGAAGUGCCGAGGCAUUCCGACCGUGCACAUCUCAAACUUCAUCCACCAUCUUUUGCUUAAUCUUACAGGCACUUACACAAGUGACUACUCACUCUAUGAAAAGGAAGACAUUAAGGGCGGUAUUCAGCCAACUCAUUGGAGUUACAAGCCUAAUGUCCAGAGUUUGAACAUUAACUGGCACGUUCCUAAGCGGGAGGAAUUGGAGUUUGCCGUUGAAGUCUUUAAGAAUCAGGCUGAAUCUGCCCUGAAGCAUCUCUCGGGACUGACCAAUGAGACAUCCAGCAUUAAACGGGAUGGAAGUGGCAAGGAUUGGUCCGAUGAAGUGACCAGAAACCUCGUCCUGCUUCGUCUUCUUCUGUCUGGUAUCUCCGUGCUUUUCGAUCCCAAGGCUGCCUCGAAGGCAUCCAACUCCAAUGACGCUUCCGUGAAUACAAGCGAAGUUGAAAUGGAAGAUGAAUGCUCUUUGUCUAAUGGCGUUGGGGAUGAAGAUCCCGAUGCAUCGCUUGACAGCUCUGAUGAAUCAGCGAUCAAGGAGAGCUUCUCCUACCCAACAGGAUACCCUCUCGAGGAAGGAGACAUUCUGUACAAGACAAUCCAUGAAAUCCGCGAGCGUGCAGGAUUCGUCUUGCAUGAUGUGCACAGAUUCUUGAGUGACAGGCAGGAGGACGACGUGCCUUGCUUUGGUGCACUAUACUCCGCCUACCGCUCUUGGUUUGUUGACGUUGGCAUCGAACGUUCGGCACAUGUUCUGGACCGGGUCACGCGACUGUUGGCAGCAGAUGUUCACCCAUACAAGAUGAGUGGCAUUCGCAAAGACUACCCCAGGGCACUGCUCGUUCGUAGGGCGAACGUCUACCACCUGCAACGCUUGCGCCAUAAUGCCGCUCCGCGACCUCGAUCCAAACUCGACGAGAUUCUCCUGUUUGAUCUUGCCGAGUCUUGUGUCUCCCUCUACACGGAAACUCGUAGAAAUGCUCAGAAUGCAGGCGAAUCGGCUCUGAAGUCUGUUUGGGGCGCGCGAACUCUCAUCAUCCCUCCCCUACUCAAGGCGCUGCAGAAGGGCGUUAAGGAGAAUGACCAUGCCCGUAUCAAAGGAGCGUUAUUCUCGUUGCUUCUAAGCAGCGUCGCAAAGACUGUUGGGCGAAACUGGAAAUACACUCCAGCAUUGAUCCGAACAUUUAUCGAUGCCAGCGCUGUUGACAAGCCCUCUGUGCAGAAGAUCUGCUCUAGUGCUGUUUUCCAAAUCAUGGACUAUGGCCGCGCCAUGGAACGUAUGGCCAUCCUGGAUCAGAAGAUAGUCGAAGCGAUUGCUCCUAUUGAUGAUGUCAACGGAGAGAUUGAGCAAAAGCGCAAGGUCAUCAAUAACAAGCGUGCAUUGAUUGAGAAGAAGAAGGCUGAUCUGGCCGAAGAGCUGGUUAAUCUAGCCCGGGUCUCUCACUGGAAGAUUGCUAGUCGCGCUGCAACGAUCGUCAUCACGAUGGGUCUUCGUUUCGAUUACAUUGCAAGUGAUAACUUGAUCGAGCUAGUAACCCUAGGCUCCAUCGAUGACCACCCCGGCCUGAGGGGCAUGUACUCCCAAGCGCUCAUUGCGCUCUUCACCAUGAUUGAUGUCCGGGCUAUCUGCACUCACGAGUACAAGAACUAUAUCCUGGGCCAUCAGCGAUUCCCCUCGAAGAUCAAGGUGGCCACCCGGCCUGAUGAGAAGGACUGGACUCGGGAGUACUUGGCCAGCUUUGCUAAGCCUGAGGCUGAGUAUUACGUUGAUCACGACUUCCCCGGCUGGCUGGUGUGGGGCAAGACGAUGCCUGCGUACAAAUCCAACAUUGCGCGCGAUAUUGAAUACGACGAGGUUGAGUGGAAAGUGCGGACUCAGAUGGGCAAGUUGUUCACUCGCGAGUGGUUCUCCAAGUUCUUCAUGUACCUAAAGCAAGAACCGAGAGACCCGUCUGCCGACAAGUUCCGCAUGUCUUGCGCCAUGAUGCUCCUUUACGCUUUCGAGCUCAUGCUUCGAGAUGGCCUUACCGCUGCCUCGUUCAAGGAUAUCCAGGAGGAGAUUCAAGCCGUCUUCGAGGACGGCAGUGAUAAGCACCAGCAUCGUGCUACGGCGGAGAUUCUGGGAGCCUUGAUCAGCUCCGUGACUGAUACGAGUGUGGAGAAUCGUGCUCUCGUGUGGGAAUAUUCCUUCCCCAUCGUGCGUAAGAUCUUCAUGGACGGUCUUACCCCCGAGAACUCGGGUUACUGGACUACUUUCCUUCACAUGAUCUUGCAAUGCCGUGACCCUCGCCGCGCUUGGCCCUUGGUUGACUGGCUUGCCAGUUUCCGCCUGGAUAUGUCCACUAAUGCUGCCUUCAAGGAAAGCUCAAAGAUCAAUCUCCUUCACCAGUGCAUCAUUGACGCUGGAUGGCAUUUCCAGCUCGAAAAGCCUAUUGUCGAGGACUUCCUUGCUCAUCUGGAUCAUCCUUACAAGGGAGUACGUGAAGCAAUGGGUCAGACCCUUGCGACCAUCUACCGCACAAGAUACCACGAGUCGUACCCCGACCUCAAGCGUUUGUUGGAGGACCAGAAGGCCGCUUCCUCUGUCGGCACCUACCCCUAUCUACCCUCUGAUGAAUUUUCCACGAUGCUUCGUGGAGUAUUUGACCAAAUUGAACAAUGGCGCCAAGUCAGAACCCCAGGCCAACAGACCCCAUCAUCCUACACCUCCGGCAGUAAGACGGUGCUGCUUUGGUUAGACUCCACUCUAUCUUCUCACGAGUGCACUCAGCUUGUACCUUUCUUCCCUGAUGUCUUUACUGCUCAACUCCUACACAUGAUGGAUGUCAAGGAAGACCCCGAGCUGCAGUCACUUGCCUACCAUGUUUUCCGCCACCUCCCCAACAUUCCCUAUCCGGCAGAGAAGAACUCCGACUUCAUACAGUCUCUCACCCGCAUUGGACAGACUUCCCCCUCGUGGCAUCAGCGUCUGCGGGUCAUGAUCAACAUCCAGAUCAUUUAUUUCCGUCGGUUGUUCCUUCUAGACUCUGCAGACCGCGACAAGCUUUUCGAGUGCAUUGCUUCCAUGCUCGAAGACCCGCAACACGAAGUCCGCGCCGGUGCUUCGGCCACCCUAUCCGGCAUGGUCCGCUGCUCACCCAUCUUCCUGCGUGACAAGAUGGUCCACCGAUUCCAGGAGCGCUUCACAAGGAUUCUAGAAGAAAACCCACUGCCCAAGAAACCUCGAAACAUCCGGUCGGGCAUUUCCUCUGCGGUUUCCUCCGGUGCAGGCACCCCCACUCCUGAGCACAACCGACUGAUCAUCGUCCGCCAUGGAGCCGUUCUGGGUCUGGGUGCUUUGAUCCAGGCAUUCCCGUACAAUAGUCCCCCGCCUCGCUGGAUGCCAGAGGCCUUGACUACGCUGAGCACCCGCGCCGCUAAUGACCCGGGCGUUGUGCGCUCCAGCGUGAAGUCGAUAAUCAGCGAGUUUAAGAAGACCAGACAGGAUACCUGGCACAUCGAUGCAAAGGCCUUCACGCCGGACCAGCUAGAGGACCUAUCGGGUGUGUUAUGGAAGAGCUAUUUUGCCUAA